AUGUAUCACUCUCUCCCUAUCUAUCUAUCUAUCUAUCUAUCUAUCUAUCUAUCUAUCUAUCUAUCUAUCUAUCUAAACAGUUCCUUGAAAUGCAGUAAAGACUUCCGUAACCUAAAUCGCUUUCUUUUUUUCUUUCUUUCUUUAUGUAUCUAUCUAUCUAUCUAUCUAUCUAUCUAUCUAUCUGUAUUUUCUUAUCUAUUCUUUUGUAAGGUUUUCCGUUUGUUUUUCUUUUCUCUUUCAAAAUGGUCCCGUUAUCGUUUCUUUUCCUUCUCUCUCACUUUCCUUCUUUCCUUCCUUUCUUUCUUUUUUCUUGCCUUCUUUUUUCUGAACUUUGUUAUGUCUUCUUUCUUUCUUUCUUUCUUUCUUUCUUUCUUUCUGUCAUUUACUCUUCUUUCUUUUAUUUCUUCUUCUUUUCUCUUCUUUUUUUCUUUCUUUUUUGUACUUCACUCUUCUUUCUUUCUUUCUUUCUUUCUUCCACGAAAUGGUUUUACCAUCGACGUUACUUCAUCUAUCAAUUCUUCUUCUUCUUCUUCUUCUUCUUCUUCUUCUUCUUCUUCCUGCCCUUCCUUCCUUUCAUCAUUAUCUAAAUUCUAUUCAUUAUCUACAGCGUAG